AUGGCAACUUUGGUUGGAUCCAGGCCUGUGCCCCCUCUGCCAGAAGCACCAGUCUGCUCCCGCAUCAUGGCUGUGCAUGUGUACGUGCGCAUGCAUCCGUGCAUCAUGUGGCUUGCCCUUUGGGAUGUCUGCCGCGAGGCUCUGCAGCCUGUGGAGCAUCCUGAAGCUCACAGGCAAGGCAAGCAAAGCGAAGCCAGAGUACCAGGACGCCAAUGGCCUGGGCGCGAUGAAUGUGCGACCAGCGCCUCUCGACGCGGCUUGCAGGCUGCCGCCGGCGUCUCUUCCGACCCAGCACAAGGUGACCGGUUGGAGCGCGUCCACACUGCUUUAGCCAAAUCAGUCAACAAGGCGACCAAGAAGAUCGCUGAUCAAGAAAAAGACUGGGAUCAAGUCGAGCUUUGCAAGCGGAUUGUCCGGUACUUGUACAAGGGAGCUCAAGCCCCCGAGCUGCUGACACUCCAUUGGCGUCAGGCGGCCGAGCAAUUCGUGGACACGGCCAUGCAAGGCUUCACUGCUGCCUGUGGAGACAAACCUUGGUUCUUUGAGAUGGAUUUGACCUCGGCCUUCGGCAUGGCUUUCUGGGAGAUCCAUUCGGGUAGCGGGCAGCGUGCACAAUGGUCAGAAGUGGAGGCGGUCCUCAACAGCAAGUACGAGCAGUUGAUGGAUCUCUGUCUGCUUGAGAAGGCCAUGUGGGACUCUGCAGGUGGUCUCAUACCAGACCAGGAGCCUCUUCGCAAUAAGUUGUACAAGGCAUUGAAGACCAGCCAUGAGAUUGCCUUCAAAGAAGCGACGGAAGCUCCAAGGAUGGGAGACCUCCAGCGAGUCGAGCUCUUCACAAGGGCUUGGGUAGACAGCGCGAUCAACAAGUCCUACUCUGUGCUGGAGCAGGGCAACCUCAUGAAUGCGGACAGUGUUGUCCAGCUCUUCCAGGAGCUGCUGGCACCUUUCGGGGAGGAGCACCCGUUUUCCUGUAUUCCUGCCGUGCUGACGCAAAGUAUUGGUCGUCCACCAAAGGAUUGGGACUUUCUGCAGGAGGCUGUCAGGCAGUUCUUCCUGCUGUGGAACAACCCUGAAAACGGUGCUGAUGCGGGCUACGGGCAGCGUCGCAGCCUUGGUUCUCCCUGA